GCCGGCUCCCGGCGGCCCCGUCACAUCCGCUGGCCGGAGCCCGGCGGGGAAGUUUCUUGGCGCUUGUUUCCCAGCCCAAACUCUUGGGCCCCGCCGCUGCGCGCGGAGCGCCCCCCGGGCUCUGGCGGGAGCAGCGCUGGGGCGCGUGCGAGGAGGAGCCGGGCGCCGGGUGCGAGAUGAAGCCGGGGCGUGGGAAGCCGGAGCCGCCCUGCCCCGUCUCCUCCUCCUUCUCCUUCCCGGCUGCUGCAGCCCCGCGGCCAGGCGGCCGCUCCCUCCUGCCUGAGCCGCCGAGCGUCCCGCUGCCGCCGGGAUGGGGACGCUGCCCGCGGCUCCCUGCCUCCUGCUGCUCCUGGCUGGCGCUGCCGGGCUGGGCCGGGCCCGCUUCUCCUUCCCCCUGCGGGUGUCUCCGCCGGCCCGCCCAGGCAACGGCUCCGGGAGCAGCCGCCAGCUGGCCCCCCCCGGCGAGGCGGACGGCUUGGCCUUAGCCUCGGAGCCCGGGGCCGCCGUCAGCUUCUUGGCCAUGGUGGAGAACCUGCAGGGAGACUCCGGCCGGGGCUACUACCUGGAGAUGCUGAUCGGGACCCCGCCGCAGAAGUUAAAUAUUCUGGUUGACACUGGAAGCAGUAAUUUUGCAGUCGCAGGUGCUCCAAACCCUGAUGUAACAUUGUACUUCAAUACAAAGGAGUCAAGUACAUAUAAGUCACAAGGCACUGAUGUCACUGUUCGGUAUACUCAAGGAAGUUGGACUGGAGUGCUUGGCACUGAUGUCAUUACUGUUCCAAAGGGAAUCAAUGGCACCUACACUGUCAACAUUGCUACCAUUCUGGACUCGGAGAAUUUCUUUUUACCGGGGGUUAAAUGGCAUGGGAUCCUUGGACUUGCCUAUGAUGCCUUAGCCAAGCCGUCAAGUUCUGUGGAGACAUUCUUUGAUUCCCUUGUGAGUCAAGCAGAGAUUCCCAACGUUUUCUCCCUGCAGAUGUGUGGAGCUGGAAGGCCUGUUUCUGGAAGUGGUACCAACGGAGGUAGUCUUAUCAUGGGUGGAAUUGAACCAAGUUUGUACAACGGUGAUAUCUGGUACACACCUAUAAAGGAGGAAUGGUAUUACCAGAUUGAAAUUCUCAGACUGGAAGUUGGAGGCCAGAACCUUAACCUGGAUUGCAGAGAGUAUAAUGCAGACAAAGCAAUAGUGGACAGUGGUACCACUCUCCUUCGCCUGCCCCAGAAAGUCUUCAAUGCUGUGGUCGAAGCAAUUGUGCACACAUCUUUGAUCCAAACAUUCUCCUCUGGAUUCUGGACUGGUUCCCAGCUUGCAUGCUGGGAUAAAACCAAAACACCAUUUUCCUUAUUUCCUAAACUUUCUAUCUACCUGAGAGAUGAAAACUCUAGCAGAUCAUUUCGGAUCACUAUCCUACCACAGCUUUAUAUUCAACCCAUCCUUGGGAUUGGACAGAAUUUAGAAUGCUACCGGUUUGGCAUCUCUUCCUCCACCAGUGCCCUGGUUAUUGGUGCUACAGUUAUGGAGGGCUUCUACGUUAUCUUCGACAGGGCUCAGAAGAGAGUGGGCUUUGCAGUUAGUCCAUGCGCAGAAGUUGGUGGCUCUCCAGUAUCUGAGAUUGAAGGCCCUUUCACAACAUCAGAUAUAGCAAGCAACUGUGUCUCCAAAAUGAGCUUUCACGAACCGAUGCUGUGGAUUAUCUCCUAUGCUCUCAUGAGUUUAUGUGGAAUCAUCCUCCUUGUCUUGAUAAUCUUACUGCUGCUUCCACCUCGCUGUCAGCGUUGCUUCACUGACAAUGAUGUAGUCAAUGACGAGUCAUCGUUAGUGCGUCAUAGAUGGAAAUGAGGAACUUGAUCAAAGUUAAAGAACCUCGGAUUCUCUUAACACAAUUAAGGAUAAAGUUUCCAACCAUGGAGAGAAAGCCAAGGCCUUGUUUCGUAUACAUUAAUCUCAAAUCACUGUUCUACUGCUGGAUACUCUGCAGGCAUAUUGCAUCAUAACUUUUACGCUUUAUUUUCUAAUACUGAUUCUGACCAAAACAUUAUAACCUUACUCAAGUGCUACCUUACUGGUUCUGCUCCUCAAUAGCACAGCUGAACCUUUAAGAUCUUAGUAGUACUUUUAAAAACAACAAAAAAACAUUGUGAUGUUCUUCCAUCAGAUGCACAAUGUUAUUCAUCCCUUCCUCACAAGAAGAAAAGAACUGUCAAGUUUCUAAUCUUAAUCAAGCCUUGAAAGAAAAAAGAUCAUAAGUUUUAUUGAUUUUUCUUAUUAAUCAGAUUAAAGAAAUACUAUUUUCUGUUUACAGCAA